GAGCCCAGGGAAUACGGCCAGAUGGAUGCAUGAGCCUCCCACCUUCCCAUACGUACUGCCCUAGCAGUGGCCAGCACAGGGUGAAUGAAGUGGGUGACAAAUGACAUGCAAAUACCUUCCCUGGUGGCUACAGAAAAGUUAUUUGCUUGCACUGUUCAGAAGACUGGUGUUUGCAUAUUAUUAAACGCUGACAUCCUGUUGAACUUCUUGUAGCAUAAGAUUUGCAGACACUGACUCGUUCAGGGAUUUGGACUUUAUUGACUGAGAGCUGCUUGGCAGAGAAGGAGAAAAUGAGCUGGAUUGGGAAGUAAGCGCUUGCACAGCUAUUUGGAAAGGAUUUUCUGUGCGAGGGAGACGGGAGAAUAAUUUGGCUUCAGCUCCAAGGACUAACUGUUCAUGAUGUCAAUCAAAAAGGAAGGUGCCCACAAGAAAUGGGCUGCCCUGAAGGAGAAACUUGGGCCCCAGGAGACCGACCAGUCGGAGGCCAACCUGGAAAAUGCAGAGCCGGAGCUGUGCAUCCGUCUCCUGCAAAUGCCGUCAGUGGUGAACUACUCCGGGCUGAAGAAGCGGCUGGAGAACAGCGACGAUGCUUGGAUGGUCCAGUUCCUGGAGCUGUGUGGGCUGGACCUCCUCCUGGAGGCCCUGGACAGGCUGUCUGGGAGAGGGGUGGCCAGGAUUUCCGAUGCCUUGCUUCAGCUCACCUGCAUUAACUGUGUGCGAGCAGUCAUGAACUCCCACAAAGGCAUUGAGUACAUCGUGAGCAAUGAGGGCUACGUCAGAAAACUCUUCCAAGCACUUGACACAACUAAUGUCAUGGUGAAAAAGCAAGUAUUUGAACUCCUGGCUGCACUGUGCAUUUACUCAUCAGAUGGCCACACUUUGGCUUUGGAUGCCCUGGACCAUUACAAGAGUGUGAAGAACCAGCAGUAUCGAUUCAGUGUCAUAAUGAAUGAGCUCUCCAACACGGAUAAUGUGCCGUACAUGGUGACACUGCUGAGUGCUAUCAAUGCCAUCAUACUGGGGAAAGAAGACCUAAGAACAAGAACACAAAUACGAAACGAGUUCAUAGGGCUUCAGCUGUUGGAUAUUUUAGACAAGCUCAGAGACAUAGAGGAGGAGGAUCUGCUUAUCCAGUGUGAUACAUUUGAGGAGUUCAAGAUAGAAGAUGAUGAGGAAUUAUUAAAGAUAUGUGAUGGGAUAAACAUGAACGAUCACCAUGAGGUCUUUUCAUCUCUCUUCAAUAAAGUGAGCCGCUCUCCGGUCUCCAUCCAGCUGCUGUCCAUUCUCCAGAGCUUGCUCCACUUGGAGCCAUCUCAUCACUCCAGCCUCCUGCUGUGGGAGUCCUUGGAUGCAGUAGUGAACAGAGCCCUUUUGCUCGCAAAUGACAUCCAAGGAAACACAGUGGAAGAAGUCAUUGAGAGGCUGUUAUCUAUCAAGAAACAUCCAAACAAGCAAAAGAGAGCUGAAAACCGUCUUUCUGGGAAUGCGAACAGAGGCAUCCAUACCGAAGUAGAACUAGAACCAUGCGCAAGUGCAGUUCAGAGCAUGGUGGGAUCAGCAAACCCCUCCAAGGCACCAGCAUCUCCCUCAGGGCCACCUGGCAAUGAAGAGAAGAUCUCGUCCUGCCAGCUCUCAGCCUGCUCCGCUUUACUGCAGACAUCUAACCCACCACCCAACGCUGCUCCUGCACCGCCACCUCCACCCCCACCACCUCCACCCCUGCCCUCUGGCACGGCAGCUGUGCCCGCCAUGUCCCCCAUGAUGAAUACACCUCCAGCCCCUCCACUCCCUGGCAUCCCUCCUCCUCCAAUGCCCGGCAUGGGGGGUAUCCCUCCACCACCACCCCCAUUGCCUGUCACAGGAGGCAUCCCGCCUCCGCCCCCAUUGCCUGGUAUGGGGGGCAUCCCUCCACCACCACCACCACUGCCUGGCUUGGGGGGCAUCCCUCCACCACCCCCAUUGCCUGGUAUGGGGGGCGUCCCUCCUCCACCACCAUUGCCUGGCAUGGGGGGCGUCCCUCCUCCUCCACCACUGCCUGGUAUGGGGGGUAUCCCUCCUCCACCCCCAUUGCCUGGCAUGGGGGGCACCCCUCCUCCUCCACCACCACUGCCCGGCAUGGGGGGCAUCCCUCCACCACCACCCCUCCUGCCCGGCAUGGCAGGAGAUCACAUAGAAGCCGUCGUGGCCUCCCAAUUUGGCUGCCCUCUCGGCUCGGCCAGGCCUCCCCGCAAGACGGUGAAGACACCAACGUUGAGAAUGAAGAAGCUGAACUGGCAGAAGCUGCCUUCCAACGUGGUGAGAGAAAGUCACUCAAUGUGGGCUUCAGUCAGCAGCAGCAGUGAGGAAACUAUAGAGCCCAAUUAUACAAGCAUAGAGCAGCUGUUUUGCUUUCCACAGCCAACCCCCAAGGAGAAAACGGCCGCACCGGUGAAGGCAGAACCGAAGGAGAUCACAUUUUUGGACUCCAAGAAAAGUCUCAAUUUGAACAUAUUUUUGAAGCAAUUUAAAUGCUCCAAUGAAGAGGUGGCUGCCAUGGUCCAGAACGGGGACCGGACCAAGUUCGAUGUUGAGGUUCUGAAGCAGUUGCUGAAGCUGCUGCCUGAAAAGCAUGAGAUAGAAAACCUGAAGGCCUUCAAAGAAGAGAAAUCAAAGCUAGCAAACGCAGAUCAGUUUUAUCUUCUCCUCCUCCAGAUUCCCAGCUACCAGCUGCGGAUUGAAUGUAUGCUGAUCUGUGAGGAGACCACCGUUGUGCUGGACAUGAUUCAGCCAAAAGCUGGAGCCAUCCGGAGAGCCUGCGAAGAUCUUCUGAACAGUCAUCGCCUGCCACUCUUCUGUCAACUGAUUCUCAAAGUUGGAAACUUUCUGAACUACGGAAGCCACACGGGUGAUGCUGAUGGGUUUAAAAUCAGCACUUUACUCAAACUAACAGAAACCAAAGCCAACCAAACCCGCAUUACGCUGCUCCACCAUAUUCUGGAGGAAGUGGAAAACAGCCACACAGACCUACUGGAACUGCCAGAAGAUCUUGAAUACGUUUCAAAAGCAGCAGGAAUUAAUCUUGAUAUUAUACGAUCUGAGUCCAGUACCAAUCUAAAGAAGUUGUUGGAGCUUCAACGAAAGGUCUCAUCAUCAAAUGACGAUGUGAAACAACAGUAUGAGAAGCCUAUCCAGGACAGCAUUGAUGCCGCCAGAAAGCUGGAAGAAGAAUUUGAAACCAUCGACAGGAAAAGAGAAGAGCUUGCAAAUUAUCUCUGUGAAGACCCAAGCAAGCUGUCCUUAGAGGACAUAUUUAGCACCAUGAAGACCUUCAGAGAUCUCUUCAUUCGAGCCCUGAAGGAAAACAAGGACAGAAAGGAGCAAGCUGCAAAAGCAGAGAAGAGGAAGAAACAGCUGGAAGAAGAAGAGGGGAAGAGACAGAAGGGAGAAAAUGGAAAAGUCAUUAAGAAGGGAGUGGUGAAGCAGGAGGAGGUGUGUGUCAUUGAUGCGUUGCUGGCCGACAUAAGGAAAGGGUUCACACUGAGAAAGACGAAGAACAGACACGAGUCAGAUGCACUUCCUAAAACCUUUCCUGUGGAGAGCCCAGAGGACAACCAGGCUGGGAAGAGCAUUAAGGAUCCACAAGCAGGAGGAAUGCAGACUGAUGAUAAGGCCAAGCAAAACAGUGAUGGUCAUCCCUUGGAAAGCACGCCCACCUCAACCACAGCUCUCCCAGAGAUGGGUAAAGAUGUUACAGAUGCCUCAGCUCCAAACCAGACAUUACCUGAAAACAACACUGGAGGAAAUUUGCCACCAGGGUCCCGGACAGAAGGCCACCUGGUGGAAGCUGAUGGGACCAGUCAGCCUGAGCAAGGUGCAGGGAUGGCAAACCUCCAGCUGAGCACAAAGAGCAGCUCCAUUGCCUUCUCUCCCACUAACAUAGGUGCUGGGAUAAAGUUUGUGAGCAGCAGCUCAGGCGCUGCUCUGAGAGAGCAGCUCAAUGGGUCUAUCUCAGAGGAGCAGGACAACGAAUGCCCAGGGAAUGGCGUGGAGAGCUGCAGGCUGGCGCAGGAGCAGGACACCCGGCUGAGCCAGGACGGGGUCGAGCCUGGCAGUGCUCCGUCCAUUCCCUGUGACAAGGCUCACCAGGCAGAAUCAAAAGAGAUGGCAAAGGAGAACGAAGACCCUGGUACAGACUCGCUGUUGGACACCUCUCAAGAGAAGUCCUUCUCGGAGGAGCCAGCCACCGACUCCUCUUGUUCAGCAACGCUGCCCCCAGGGCAAAGAAACACAGACAGGGAAAAACAGAGGACAUCUGGAAAACGGAGGAAGAAGAGACACAGCAAAAGCUACUCAGCAGAGGUUCAGACUGAUACUGGAGAUAAUAAAACAAAACUAGGUUGUGUGGUACAAUGAGGUGUCACGGCAAGGCAGAAGAAAUAACGGAGGCCCAGACACGUGCCAACUCGUCCCCAGAGCACUGCCAGAUGCUCGGAAGCCAGGCUCUGCGUUGCUGAAAUGCCUCCCACAGCCACCUCUGCCCUGACCAGACGCCAUGCUCCCCCUCAGGCAGCCUUCCACCCAACAAGCUGCCCCGGAGACAUCAGCACCCUCAGCCCGUGCCUUACGCGACCUGCGCUGCGCCCUGGCACCCACGGGGACACGGGUCUGGUCGAUGCGCGGUGGUGGGG